AUGACAUUGGGUGCCUUCAUUGCAUCUUCUUCAGCUGGCUUCACCGCCCUAUAUUUCGGCCGGAAGAUGACGCUCUAUAUUGCCUGUGCCGGUAUCUUUCUCUCGACGGCUGUUAUGCAGGCAACGACAAACAUCGCAGGACUUUAUGCUGGAAGACUCAUCAUUGGUCUUGCAAACGGCCUUCUCAUGACCCAUUCCCAACUAUAUAUCCAGGAAUGCACUCCCGCAAGAUAUCGUGGCAUGGCCAUUGCCGUCUUCCAGUUCUGGACUUCCAUUGGAACUCUCGUGGGAACCAUUGUCGACAAUUUUACUUCCAAGAUACAGGGGCGAGACUCGUACAUAAUCCCUCUCGGUAUUGUGUAUAUUGUGCCAGGCCUCCUAUGCAUUGGCAUGCUCUUCAUUCCUGAGUCUCCGCGUUGGCUUCUGCAAAUGGGACACAAGACUCAGGCUGAGAAGUCUCUGAACUGGUUGCGUCCUGAAGGCUGGUCCGUGUCCACUGAGUUCGCAGAGAUGAACGAAGCUCUUGAAGUUGAGCAGCAACUCGCUUCAGGGGUUGGCGUUCUGGAUCUCUUCCGCAACCGAAUCGACCGUAGAAGGACACUACUGUCGAUCGCUGCAAUCACAACUCAGGCAGCUUCCGGCGCCAUGUUCAUGAUCGCGUAUGGAACCUUCUUUUUUGAGAUGGCACAUAUUGGCGAUGCUUUCGAAAAUUCGUGCAUUCUUGUGGCAGUCGGCGUCGUUGCGGUUAUUGUAAACAGCAUUGUCAUCACACGAUACGGUCGCCGACGAGUUUUCUUGACCACAGGUCUGAUCAUCUGCGGCAUGAUUCAGCUCUUACAAGCAAUAGUCUAUACAGUCCAUCCUGGAACUGUGUCGACUGGGAAAGCAAUUGUUGGGUUAUCCGUUGUCUACCUCAUCGGAUAUAACGGUUGUAUUUCGUCGUACGCGUGGGUGGCUGGUGGUGAGAUUCCUUCACAGCGCUUGAGGUCAUUCACCUUUGGACUUGCGACGGCUAUAGGAUUCUUUGGAGCGUGGCUCACAACAUUCACCGCCCCUUAUUUCAUCAAUCUGGAUUCUUUGAACUGGGGUCCAAAAUACGGCUAUAUCUGGACACCAUCUUGCUUCUUGACCGCAGUGUGGGUAUUCUGGUACCUGCCAGAGACCAAAGGACGAACGCUUGAGGAGAUUGAUGAAAUGUUUGAAGCAGAAGUGCCAGCCCGGAAGUUUCGACAUUACCAGUGCAGAGGACCAGCGGCGGUUGUCGAGAAGGUUAAUUCCAACGAGAAGUCCGGAGUUGAGACUGUUGAACACGUGGAUUGA